GGGAUUGUGGGAAGGAACAGAAACAGCCUCUCAACCUCACCAGCAAGCUCCAGACGUCCAGCUGUACACCAGCACCACCUCAGCCAUCGCCGCUACACCGCUACACCCGGACCCUCUCCGCUCACCGGCACCUCGCAGAGAAACCAGGCGAAGCGUCCUUGCCGCUUCCUGCGCACACACUGUCCGAUCAGAGAGAGAGAGAAAGAGAGAGAGACGGAGAGAGAGAGUGUGUGUGAUAGAGAGAGAGGGGGAAAGAGAGGGAGAGAGAGUAGUUUUCUCUGACAUUAUAGAGACUCCAACCACGUACUGUAGGUUACUUUUUUCCUCCCGGCGACGUCCUCUGCUAAGUUGCGCUCCUGGAUUUUAAGUGCGUCUUGACGAAGUCCGUCCCCAUCAAGCAGCGGCUUCAACCUUCCUGUCAAUCGGCCGGACCGAACAACCGGCGGACCGCUUGUUGUAUCUUACACUUCAUCCGGACAAGAUUUCAUACGAAAUAAAGUACGGAUGCUGGAAUCUUUGACUUGAUUGGAACAAAUAGAAAGCAGAAAAAAGACAGAUUAAGAAAGAGCAGAAGAGUGAAGAGAAAGAAGAAGAAAGAGGAGAGUGAAGAAAGCAUAAAGUUCUUUAGAAAGAGGAGAGAAAGAAAGAGACGGGGACGAUGGGGAGGAAAAAGAUUCAGAUCACGCGGAUUAUGGAUGAACGCAACAGACAGGUGACAUUUACAAAGCGAAAGUUUGGCCUGAUGAAGAAGGCGUAUGAGCUGAGUGUGCUGUGUGACUGUGAGAUUGCCCUGAUCAUCUUCAAUAGCACCAACAAGCUAUUCCAGUAUGCCAGCACAGACAUGGACAAGGUCCUGCUUAAAUACACCGAGUACAAUGAGCCCCAUGAGAGCAGGACCAACUCCGAUAUUGUGGAGACAUUGAGAAAGAAGGGCCUAAACGGCUGUGACAGCCCAGACCCCGACGCAGACGACUCGGUCGGCCACAGCCCCGAGUCCGAGGACAAGUACAGGAAAAUAAACGAGGAUAUUGAUCUGAUGAUCAGCAGACAGAGACUUUGUCAGGCCGUGCCCCCAUCGAACUAUGACAUGCCUGUGUCCAUUCCUGUUAGCAACCAGAACAAUCUCAUUUACAGCCAUCCUGGUGGUUCCCUAGGCAACCACAACCUGUUGCCACUGGCACACCAUGGCCUACAGAGAAACAGCAUGUCUCCCGGAGUUACUCACAGACCCCCCAGUGCAGGUGGCCUCAUGGGUGCUGACCUCACCACUGGCGCAGGCACCAGUGCUGGAAAUGGAUAUGGCAACCACCGCAACUCACCAGGUCUGCUGGUCUCUCCCGGUGGCAUGAACAAGAACAUGCAGGCUAAGUCUCCCCCACCCAUGAACUUAGGCAUGAACAACCGCAAACCUGACCUACGUGUGCUCAUCCCCCCUGGCGCCAAGAACAACAUGCCCUCCAUCAACCAGAGAAUAAACAACUCUCAGUCUGCUCAGUCCUUGGCCACCCCAGUGGUAUCAGUAGCAACUCCCACUCUACCAGGACAAGGCAUGGGUGGUUACCCAUCUGCCAUCUCUACUUCUUAUGGUACCGAGUAUUCCCUGAACAGUGCAGACUUGUCCUCCCUGUCUGGCUUCAACAGCGGCAGCUCCCUUCACCUCGGCUCAAUGAGCGGGUGGCAACAGCAACACCUUCAGAACAUGCAGCAUUCAGCCCUUGGCCAGCUAGGAAAUUGCUCUAGCUCUCACUUAUGUCAGGGUUCAAAUCUCUCCCUGCCCUCUGCUCAAAGCCUGCACAUCAAGUCCGAACCUGUUUCUCCUCCUAGAGAUCGCACCAGCAGCACACCGGGGGGCUACGGUGGCGGAAUACCACCUCCCCAGAACCCCUCGUCCCGCCAGGACUCGGGACGCUCCCCUGUUGAUAGCCUGAGCAGUUGUAGCAGCUCCCAUGAGGGCAGCGACCGUGAUGAGCACAGGAAUGAGUUCCACUCACCUCUGGGACUGGCCCGGCCUGCCCUGGACGAGCGCGAGAGCCCCUCCAUCAAACGGGUGCGCCUGUCAGAAGGAUGGGCGACAUGAUAGCUCUGACCACUCCCCGGCAGUGCCCCGAGUUGCCCUGAGCCCCGACAACGCGGCGUUCCCUCCUCUUCCUCCUCUCACUCGAUAUCACGAGUCACUCACCAACCAACCCCAUGGCCUCUCUCCUUUUAUCUCUUUAACGCUGAAGGAAAGAAAAGGGACAGCCCUUUUCAAAAAUAUGUUUGAAUUUUCUUUUCGUUUUUUUCUUUUCCUUUUUCUUUUUGCUGAUUGUGUGUGUGCUAUACAUAUUGACAUUAUAUAAACCAGUGGGGUGUUGUAAUGGGGGUUUGGGAGGGUGGGUGUCGGUUGGGAUGGGAUAUAGGGGUAUUUUUGUUGGGGAACUAUGCAUAAAUUGUAUUGUGUGUGGAUAAAAAGAAUCAUGUAUGCAUAUAUCUUUACACGUGUGUGUAUGUGUACAUAUAUGCAUAUCAACAAAUAAACAAAAAAAAUAGUCAGGUACUCUGUUUCAUAAAACGUACUCACACUUUGCCUCAGCGAUAUAUCAGUGACUAGAGACAAAAAAAAGAAAAAAAACAUUAACAUGAGAGUGAGUGUGUCCAGUGGAAAAACACCUUAGCACUUGAGUUGGACAAACAAUACAUGUGUACAGUGUCAGUUUCAUUGCUAUAUACCUUCUCUGCAGUUCUCCCUUGCAAAAAUGUGUGUUAACAUUAGAUGAUGUCAUGUUGCAGGUUCAACGUAUUUAUGUAAAUAGAAGGUCAAGGGGGGAAGGGCAGGGGUCAAAAGUUGCCAGACAUUACAAGAUUUAUUUACUCACUAAAUGAAAAGCUAUUAUGCAACAUUUGAAGGAUUGUACAGGUAAACAGGCAGACCCAAUGCUAAAUGUGUGGAACCCUUGAUGAUUUUAGUGCUCCCCUUAAAGAAUGGAGCUGAGCAAGGACCACCCUCUGAUCUAAGAGCUACGUUAGUGUAAUCAAGAAAACUCUGGAUCUAGUAUUAAUAUUCAAUGUUGAUAAUCAAAAAAGGAAAAAAUUAAAAACAAUUGUACGAUACACUUGCUUCUAUUUUCAUAUGAAAGGAAUACAAUGCAAAGCAUUUUUGUGGCUUUUUGUAGUUUCUAUAAGCCAGAAUGUGUUUUUUGAUAGCUUUGCUAAUAAGAGAUGGAUAGUUCGCCCAGAUGGGAAAUGACAGGGUUUCGAAGCCCUAAGCCAUGAAAAACUGAGAUCCAAUGCUUUGCUGAACUGUUUUAUCUUUGUAGAGGUCUGUUUUUAAACGUGUAUUUCUAAUUAUAUAUAAUAAUGGUAAUAUUAAGAAUCUUUAAAAAAAAAAAAUCUGUGAAAUUAACAUGCUUGUGUAUAGCUUUCUAAUAUAUAAAUAUAUAUACUAAUGAUUUUUGUUGGUUUCUUAGUGGAGUUUCUAUGUGCAGUUGCACAUGUUGUCUGGUUUGUUUAAUUUGAGCCCUGAACAUUGCUGUUCAGGGGUGUAUUUAGUCUAACCUUAAAAACCAGCUGGAAAGCAUUGCCAGGGUUUGUGUCACGGAGGAAAGACAGGCCAGAAUGCUGAAAAACAACCUGUUAGUGGAAAAUGUCAUGAGACUGGAACUGGGGAUGACACAGAAAUAAAUGCUGACACAUGAUUGUCAUUCUGACGAGUGAAAUGAUUGACCCUCAAUCCAUGUCUAGAUGCAUUUUAAUGCAUCAGAUAUUAUAUUCUUAACCUUAAUUAUCUAAUAUAGUAAUAUAAUCUCAUAAAAUAUGUUUUGGAAUCAGUGUUCUGCUCCAUCUCAAAUCUUCACCACAGUGUUAGCUUGUGUUCAAGAUGACCCAAUCUACACUUUUUUUUUAAUCAUAUUUAUGGAAUAUCAUUUGUUGAAUACAUUUUUGUUAAUAAUUAUCCCUGAUCAUUUGCAAACCUAAUUUAAUUCUGUGCCGUCUUGUGACUCCUCAUGUUCCACUCUUCAAAACAGGGUUCCACAUCAUUUGCCACAUGUUCCUGACGGUUCAGCGUCAGAUACGCAAGGACAAAUUGAUCAUGCUGGUCUGAAAGAAGCACAAUUGUUUAUUUUAAAUAAAUUGUUGUUUUGAUUUUCUCUUUUUUAAACAAUGAAACUAGCCACAUAUCUCUCUGCCUCCCACUCCCAUAUCUGCUGUCACUUAAGUGUUCUAUGUGCAUAUUUCAUGAAGGUUCACUAUGUUGUUACUGUAUACAGUCUGUGUAGUCAAACAGAGGCAGAGCCUCUAUAAUGGUGUUAUUCUCUUUUUUUUAAUUCAAUACAAAAAGGUUGAGAAAAAAAAAUAAACAUGAUGUUUCAGGCAGCAUAAGUGUGGAGAAACCAAAGCCAGUGGCAUUUCUGUGUUGUAAACUCAACUUUUAUUUUCACAUUCAUUUAUGGUUUUUGCAAGCGUUGAAAUAAGACAAUAAAAGAAUUUGCUCAAAUGUA